AUGGAGGCGGGAGCCGCUGCUCCGCGUCGCCAGCUGCUUCUCCUCGUGCUGGCAGCGGCCGCCACGUUGCUUCCGAGGGCGACGGCACUACAGUGUUUCUGCCACCUCUGUACAAAAGAUAAUUUUACCUAUGUGACAGAUGGGCUUUGCUUUGUCUCUGUCACGGAGACCACAGACAAAGUUAUACAUAAUAGCAUGUGUAUAGCUGAAAUUGACCUAAUUCCUCGAGAUAGACCAUUUGUAUGUGCACCCUCUUCAAAAACUGGGUCUGUUACUACAACAUAUUGUUGCAAUCAGGACCACUGCAAUAAAAUAGAGCUCCCAACUACUGUAAAGCAGCCUCCUGGCCUUGGUCCCGUCGAGCUGGCAGCUGUCAUUGCUGGACCGGUCUGCUUCGUCUGCAUCUCACUCAUGUUGAUGGUCUAUAUCUGCCAUAACCGCACUGUCAUUCACCAUCGAGUGCCAAAUGAAGAGGAUCCUUCAUUAGAUCGCCCUUUUAUUUCAGAGGGUACUACAUUAAAAGAUUUAAUUUAUGAUAUGACAUCAGGGUCUGGAUCAGGUUUACCAUUGCUUGUUCAGAGAACAAUUGCAAGAACUAUUGUGUUACAAGAAAGUAUUGGCAAAGGUCGAUUUGGAGAAGUUUGGCGAGGAAAGUUGCGGGGAGAAGAAGUUGCCGUUAAGAUAUUCUCCUCCAGAGAAGAACGUUCAUGGUUCCGCGAGGCAGAAAUUUAUCAAACUGUAAUGUUGCGCCAUGAAAACAUCCUGGGAUUUAUAGCAGCAGACAAUAAAGAUAAUGGUACAUGGACUCAGCUCUGGCUGGUGUCAGAUUAUCAUGAGCAUGGAUCCCUUUUUGAUUACUUGAACAGAUAUACAGUUACUGUGGAAGGAAUGAUCAAACUCGCUCUGUCCACAGCAAGCGGUCUUGCCCAUCUUCACAUGGAGAUUGUUGGUACCCAAGGAAAACCAGCUAUUGCUCAUAGAGAUUUGAAAUCAAAGAAUAUCUUGGUGAAGAAGAAUGGAACAUGCUGUAUUGCAGACUUAGGACUGGCAGUAAGACAUGAUUCAGCCACAGAUACAAUUGAUAUUGCUCCAAACCACAGAGUGGGAACAAAAAGGUACAUGGCCCCUGAAGUUCUAGAUGAUUCCAUAAAUAUGAAACAUUUUGAAUCCUUCAAACGUGCUGACAUCUAUGCAAUGGGCUUAGUGUUCUGGGAAAUUUCUCGACGAUGUUCCAUUGGUGGAAUUCAUGAAGAUUACCAGCUGCCUUAUUAUGAUCUUGUACCUUCUGAUCCGUCAGUUGAAGAAAUGAGAAAAGUAGUUUGUGAACAGAAAUUAAGGCCAAAUAUUCCAAACAGAUGGCAGAGCUGUAAAGCCUUGAGAGUGAUGGCUAAAAUCAUGAGAGAAUGUUGGUAUGCCAAUGGAGCAGCUGGGCUGACAGCCUUACGGAUUAAGAAGACAUUGUCACAACUCAGUCAACAGGAAGGCAUCAAAAUGUAAUUCUACAGCUUUGCCUGAACUCUGCUUUUUUCUUCAGAUCUGCUCCUGGGUUCUCGUUUGGGAGGUCAAUUGUUCUACCUCACUGAGAGGGAACGGAAGGAUAUUGCUUCCUUUUGCAACAGUAUAUAAGAUUGAUUAAAAACUUCCCAGGAUUCUUUGGACCCAGGAAACAGCCACGUGGGUCCUUUCUGUGCACUAUGAACGAUUCUUUCCCAGGACAGUUAUAAAAUGUUGUGUAGUCUAUCUUUAUUUUUGA